UCCUGCCGGGUUUGUGGCGGUCGUGCCGCGUCUGUCUGGGUAGCCGGUGUCUCCAAGCUCCGCGGUCAUGGAGGGUUCGGGACCUGGCGAAGCGACUGGCGCAGACGGUUCGAGUCCGGACCCGCAGCUGGCGGUCACGAUGGGCUUCACGGGGUUCGGUAAAAAAGCUCGCACAUUUGACUUGGAAGCAAUGUUUGAGCAAACUCGAAGAACAGCAGUGGAAAGAAGUCGCAAAACACUGGAAGCAAGAGAAAAAGAGGAAGAAAUGAACAGAGAGAAAGAAUUAAGAAGACAAAAUGAAGAUACUGAACCAACAUCUUCAAGUUCAAAUGCAGUUAGAGAUUGCUCAAAAGCAUCUUCCAGGGACACAAGCAGUAGUGAAAGUGAAGACAGUUCGGAUUCUUCUGAUGAUGAGUUAAUUGGCCCUCCCUUGCCUCCUAAAGUGGCAGGGGAGCCAGAUCAUCUAAUGGAACAAGAUAUUCUGGGUCCUUUGCCUCCACCUCUUUGUGAUGAAGAUGACAAUGAUGAUGAUGGUGAUGAUGAAGGAGAUGAUGAAGAAGAAAAUCCUGUCCGGAAGAUUCCUGACUCACAUGAGAUAACAUUGCGGCAUGGCACUAAAACAGUAUCUGCUUUGGGUCUGGAUCCUUCAGGUGCCCGCUUGGUGACUGGAGGAUAUGACUAUGAUGUGAAGUUUUGGGAUUUUGCUGGAAUGGAUGCUUCUUUUAAGGCAUUUCGAUCUCUUCAGCCCUGCGAGUGCCAUCAAAUCAAAUCAUUACAAUAUAGUAACACGGGAGACAUGAUACUUGUUGUAUCCGGAAGCUCUCAGGCCAAGGUGAUUGACAGAGAUGGUUUUGAAGUAAUGGAAUGUAUAAAGGGAGACCAAUAUAUUGUGGACAUGGCCAACACCAAGGGUCACACAGCAAUGCUUCAUACUGGCUCAUGGCAUCCUAAAAUAAAGGGAGAAUUUAUGACUUGCUCAAAUGAUGCGACUGUAAGGCUAUGGGAAGUUGAAAAUCCAAAGAAGCAGAAAAGUGUGUUUAAACCACGGACAGUGCAGGGUAAAAAAGUGAUUCCCACGACUUGCACAUAUAGUAGAGAUGGAAACCUUGUCGCAGCUGCCUGCCAGAAUGGAAGCAUCCAGAUCUGGGAUCGAAAUCUGACUGUUCAUCCUAAAUUUCACUAUAAACAAGCUCACAUCCCAGGCACAGACACUUCUUGCGUGACUUUUUCCUAUGAUGGGAAUGUCCUGGCCUCUCGUGGAGGUGAUGAUACAUUAAAAUUAUGGGAUAUUCGACAAUUUAAUAAGCCACUCUUUUCAGCCUCUGGGCUUCCCACCAUGUUUCCAAUGACUGACUGCUGUUUCAGUCCAGAUGAUAAACUCGUUGUCACUGGUACAUCUGUUCAAAGAGGAUGUGGCAGUGGCAAACUUGUUUUCUUUGAGCGCAGGACUUUCCAAAGGGUGUCUGAGAUGGAUAUCACUGACGCGAGUGUUGUCCGCUGCUUGUGGCAUCCCAAACUGAACCAGAUCAUGGUUGGAACUGGAAACGGAUUGGCUAAAGUCUAUUAUGACCCCAACAAGAGUCAGAGAGGAGCAAAAUUAUGUGUGGUUAAAACCCAGCGGAAGGCAAAACAAGCCGAGACCCUAACCCAAGACUACAUCAUCACUCCGCAUGCCCUGCCUAUGUUCCGUGAGCCCCGCCAGCGGAGUACGAGGAAACAGCUGGAGAAGGACAGACUGGAUCCCCUGAAGUCGCACAAACCCGAACCUCCUGUCGCAGGCCCAGGCCGUGGUGGCCGCGUUGGAACCCAUGGGGGUACUCUGUCCUCCUACAUUGUGAAGAACAUUGCUUUAGACAAGACUGAUGACAGCAAUCCCCGAGAAGCCAUUUUGCGUCAUGCCAAAGCCGCAGAAGACAACCCAUACUGGGUCUCACCAGCAUAUUCCAAGACUCAGCCCAAAACCAUGUUUGCUCAAGUUGAAUCUGAUGACGAGGAAGCAAAGAAUGAACCAGAAUGGAAAAAACGUAAAAUCUGAAGACUUUCAACAGGAACUGUUUGCAAAUGAAUAGGAUGGAUAUGGAGCAAGAUUUUUUCCUUAAUGCUUGUGAAAUAAAAAAAAAAAUUUAAAAAAAACAUUUUUAUGGACGGAUUUUUGUCCUGUAUAUUAUUGAGUUAUUUGAAAAGAUUAGUAGCUGUUCCCCACUCAAGUUAUGCUUACAUUUUCUUGCCUACUGUUAUUAAGCUGUAUUACAAGUAAACAAGAAACAGAUUCUAAGCCCAUCACCAAGUAUGAGUGUUCAGGGUAUUUGGAGACUAUUCAGUUAGUUACUGAUCUUGCACAGAGUCUCAUAACCUUGGAGGGCAACAUGUACAUAGAAAUGUUCAUCUGCAUUGGGCUAUUCUAGCAACAUAAUUUGGAAAUAAAGAUCAAAAAGUUUAAUAUUUCUGUAUAAUGUCACAAUGGUUGUUUACGUGACUGUAAAUAAUUAGGCUGAGUUCAAACCAGAUCAUUGCCAAACUAGGAAAGAACAUGUGUCUGAUUAUCCUCCAACAGUGCAAUGUGGCGGUUACGGGCUAGGAGAGUGGGCUUUGAAGUCAGGGCAGUGU